UACUUGUCUUCAACACAUAAUCAAUCAUCCUCUCAAUUUACAUCUCCAAAUUCCCUCAAACACACAAAAUGGGCAUUUCACUAGAGCUUUCUUCUCUUAGCUGUGAGCUAAGAAUCAUACAAGCCAAAAACAUAGAGUUCCUCAAGAACACGGGGAACCUGUUUGUAAGAUACUACCUUUCGGCAGGGGACAGCAAAAGAAUCAGGCUCAACACUCGAGAAAUCUCCGCAAAGUCUGACCACAUCUGGAACGAGUCCAUUUCCUUGGAGUGUAAUGCAAGCGACAGGUUUGUGCAAGACACUGUGGUUUUUGAGCUUCGGUGGAGGAGCACGGUGCCUGUUUUUGGAAGAAUUGGGGGUUCACAACUUCUGGGCAGGGCAGAGGUUCCAUGGAAGGAAGUGCUUGAGUCACCAAACAUGGAAUUGGACAAGUGGAUCACGAUGACUACUGGUGGCCGUGCUCUUGAAGGCGUCAAACCACCUAAAAUACAGGUAUCGAUUAAAGUUGCAGUCCAGGCAGAAGUAGCGAUAGAGAAAAGGAGGCAGAGAAGGACGAAAAAGUGGGAUGAGUGUGGUUGCGAAGAUGGCCAUGGUUAUGGUUGCACCUGUUCUGAUUACGAAAUCUUUGCACUAGCAGUUUUGCUAGAGGCUCUUUAGGCUCAAGCAUGAAGACACCAAGUCAAGUCGUUGAGAACAUUUUUGUUGACCACUUCUCUUCUAGGAAUGAAAUGUUACAAUGUGGACAGUGAUGAAAUUGUCAUUGUAACUGUAUAUAACUAUAUAUGAACCAGAGGAUGAGAGAUAAUCCAUAUGGGUUUUGAGAAUAUAAACUAAUGAAAUUGUUCCAUCAAGAA